CCGCUCCGGCUAUUUUAAGGCUCGCGCGGUGCGGCCGGCCUGGCCCUCGGCCCCCGCUCCCCGCCGCGGACGCGCCUCCGCCGUCGGCACCCGGCAGCCAUGGGUCCCCGGCGCGGCCCGCUGCUGGCCGCCGCGCUCCUGCUGCUCUCCGGCUUCGGCGCCGCGCACGGCGACACGCCUGCCAACUGCACCCACCCUGAGCUGCUGGGCACGUGGGUCUUCCAGGUGGGCCCCGCGGGGUCCCGCAGCGUCAACUGCUCCGUGAUGGGACCACCAGAAAAAAAAGUAGUGGUGCAUCUUGAGAAGUUGGACACGGCAUAUGAUGAUUUUGGCAAUACGGGCCAUUUUACCAUCAUUUACAAUCAAGGCUUUGAGAUUGUGUUGAACGACUACAAGUGGUUUGCCUUCUUUAAGUAUAAAGAAGAGGGUCACAGGGUCACCAGUUACUGCAACGAGACCAUGACCGGAUGGGUGCACGAUGCUGGCCGGAACUGGGCUUGUUUCACUGGAACCAAGAUAGGAACUACCUCUGAAAAAGCGAAGGUGAACACAAAACACAUUGAGAGGCUCCAGGAAAACAAUUCUAAUAGUAUCUACAAAUACAACUAUGAGUUUGUGAAAGCGAUCAAUACCAUUCAGAAGUCUUGGACUGCAACCAGAUACAUAGAAUAUGAGACUCUCACCUUGAGAGACAUGAUGAGGAGAGGUGGUGGCCGGAAAAUCCCAAGGCCUAAACCCACAGCACUGACUGCUGAAAUACAUGAAGAGAUUUCACGUUUGCCAACAUCAUGGGACUGGAGAAAUGUUCGUGGUACCAAUUUUGUUAGUCCUGUUCGAAACCAAGCAUCUUGUGGAAGCUGCUACGCAUUUGCGUCUACAGCUAUGUUGGAAGCAAGAAUCCGUAUACUAACCAACAAUACUCAGACUCCAAUUUUGAGUCCUCAGGAGAUUGUCUCUUGCAGCCAGUAUGCUCAAGGCUGUGAAGGUGGCUUCCCGUACCUCAUCGCAGGAAAAUAUGCCCAAGAUUUUGGGCUGGUGGAAGAGGCCUGCUUCCCCUACGCAGGCUCUGAUUCUCCAUGCAAACCAAAUGACUGCUUCCGUUACUACUCCUCUGAGUACUACUAUGUGGGAGGUUUCUAUGGGGCCUGCAAUGAAGCCCUGAUGAAGCUUGAGCUGGUCCGUCACGGGCCCAUGGCAGUUGCUUUUGAAGUCUAUGAUGACUUCUUCCACUACCAGAAGGGAAUCUAUUACCACACUGGCCUGAGAGACCCUUUCAACCCCUUUGAACUGACUAAUCAUGCUGUUUUGCUGGUGGGCUAUGGUACUGACUCAGCCUCUGGGAUGGAUUACUGGAUUGUGAAAAACAGCUGGGGCUCUAGGUGGGGUGAAGAUGGUUACUUCCGGAUCCGCAGAGGAACGGAUGAAUGUGCAAUUGAAAGCAUAGCAGUGGCAGCCACACCAAUUCCUAAAUUGUAGGAUAUGGGUCCUGGCAUUUCCUGUUGACCACCAUUAGUCACGAAAGGGGAUCAAUUUAUUCAGACCGAAAACUUUUAUAGCAGCAAUUUCAGAUUACAGAGAGAUUCCUAUGAAGAUUUUUGCCUUUAAAAUUAAAAUUGCCUUUGAUUUAAAUAUACCUUUCCAUUAACCACUGGCCUACUUUAUAGCUACGUAGUAAUAAAAUGCAGGAUUCUGUUCAUUA